AAUUUGUAUGCAGUGUUUAGUUCUGUCCACAUGAGGGCAGUCCAGGCAAGCCUGAUGUUUAUACAAUCUAUUUAUCACAGCUGCAGAGUCAAUGUUUUUAUUACAUGAUUGGUUAAUGCAAAGCUAGGAGCGAGGUCAGACUUUAAUAACGUGCAUAAGGCUAUUAAAGGCUAUUCAAAUACAUGAAUGAUGUGUUCAUAUGAUAACAGGUCUCUUUAUUCAUGGAGGCGUUAGCCAUUAUUUUAUUGUGUCCAACAUUUUGAAACUGUCAGUCAGUCCCUAUAGGUUUAUUAAUUAGUUGUUUUUUUUUUUAAAUAUAUUGAUUAUUUCUACAUAGCUGAGAUGGGAUAGCUCUCGCGCAAUCACAUUAUCAAGCAGAAGAGUCAAGUUGUCCACAUUCAGCCCGGAAGUCGGGGAUUUACCUAUAAAAUACACGAGUUCCACUGAGGGUUCAUAAUAAGACAUGUAUAUUAAAUUAAACUCCGAUGUAUGGACAUUUAGAAAAACUAAUGUCCCUGUCCUUAAACCAAACUACUUAUUUGGUUCCAAUAUUAGUUCAGUUUAUGCUACGCUUUAUUUUGAAAGUACUAACCGGAACACGCAUGUCGUGCUGGUUCUCUUAACGCUGGUUUAGAGGCUAACCAGUCGGUCGGCUUGUUCAGCGCUGUCUAGUCGAGCCUGUCAACAACACUGCAACCUGAGACGGGAUAGCCAGCCAGUGGGCUAGCUAAGUAAACCAGCUAAGUUAGCUACUCUGCUAGCACUUGUAUCAACCAACUACUACGACUCGGAAUUUAUCCGCCUAAGUUUCAAAGAUGUAUUAUGUUUGAAGUUGUUUCGACAAGAAAGAAGCAGCAGAACUGACUUUCCCAUUUCGCCUCAAUCACAGCAGUCCUGACUAGAGAACGUGUGCUCUAUUGACACAAGAGUGUGUUCUUCUCAGGCUUCUCCACAUUCUUCCUCCUGUGUGAUAUGACAUCGCUGUUUGGUUACAACAAAAGCCAGAGCUCUACAGCAGACGCUUGACAUCUGGUCAGGUGCUGUUCAAGAGGAUGGCUGCUCAGGUAGAGGUCCAGACUGGGGAGGUAGGGAGGCCAGUGGUUGGAGGACGACUUCACCUGAGUCCUUUGACUGACUCCAGCAAUAAGAGCCUCAUCGAGAUCCCCUCCAUCAACCAGUCCCUUAUUAUCACCCCAGAACCUAACAAACCUGUCCCAGGCCCCAAGCCACGGCUCACUCCCAAACCUUUUGCUCUGGAGAGGAACCCCACUGUUAAGCCUAUACUUGCUCCUAAGCCCCAAACCAAGCCCCGGCCAGAGUCCACUCGCCUUGCUGGAUUCAAACCAGAGCCUCCAUGCAUUCCAAAACCUCAGCAACCAGUUGCCACUGGCAAACCCAGGCUAGUGUCAACCAACCCCAACCGACCCACCCCUACCUUUUUUAGAACAACUAAUAAGUUCAACACUGGACAAACAACCAAGCCGAUAGUCCAGCCAUUUACACCGGUCCCUCCUCUUGACCUGGGAGACCCCAGCAAACCCAGUCUUCCUUUAACAGCAGAGAGGCAGAGACUUGGUUCAUCAAGCUUGGUCUAUUCCAAGAGCCUUAAACAACUUCCACCAGCAGUUUGGGCUGGAACCACUAAAAAUCAAGACGAGACAGACCAGAUGUCAUCCAGCACAGAGGGGUCCUCCAUGACCAGAGCCAAGUCCGUGGGUUUUCUCGCUCAGGUAGGGCAGGAGGAAGAAGAAAAGGAAAAAGAAAACCCAGAGGCAGCAGUGCAACUGCGGCCGAAACCCAGAGGAUCCAGGCCCAGGCCUGUGUCAGCCAUUUUCCUUGACAGUCCGACCAAGACGGAGACGCCAGUUCCUGCCCUUCGCUGGGCCAGACGACCACUUUCAGCUGAUCUCACGGCCAAGUUUGAGUCUAUCGGUCUGUCUCUGCACCGUAAAACUCCCAAGGAAGAUACUAAGGAAAACACUCCAGAGGAGAAGGGCCCGGCGCAGAAUAGAGAGCAGGAGAAAACACCGAAGAGUACCACACCACAAAGUACUGAUGUUGUAAGUGACAGAAAGACUCUGAAAGAGACUGAAGAGGAUAAGCGCACAGUUAGCAUCAAGUCCCGAAUCAGUCUCCUCCUCGAUUCAUCCUCCUCUCCUGGGACGGGUGUCACAGACCAAGGGUCGGAUCUUCACUCUCCAGUGCAGCCGGUCCCUGAAAGCGAACCACCGGUGGGUGUCAAAAAGCUCAUCAAGCAGCUGACCGAGGACCCAUCACCAACUCAGAGCCCUGUUAUGAAAACAGCACCGAAGCCCCGCCCCCUGCCCCUCGACCUGACUAAAAGGUUUGGAUCCGAGAGGUCGCCAGAGCUUGGCAGCGUUUUCUUCAGUGAGGCGACAGACCACGAUGAGAUCAGCAAAGAUCCUCAGAGGAGGAGUGAAGAGUCGGCCAUCACCCCCAGUGACCAGAGGACAUUUGUGGAUCUGAAAGACUCCCAGGAGCAGCUCCAAAAGGCCUUCACGCCUGAAGGGCCCGAGGCUGGACAGGCAUUUGGCGCCACUCCCGAGGAAAGUGAUCCCCGGAGUGACGUACAGACGGUGAAAGCAUCCUUGUUUGACAACGUUGUGGAGAGGCACAGUGUGCUGUUGGUGGAGGACGGCAAGCCUGUAAACAAGGCCAAUGAUUUGCUCAGCAGCCCGUCAUUUAAGAGGGGAAAUGGCGAGGAUGAGGGAACUCUUUUCACUGCCACCUACAAAGAGCCUGCAUCUCCAUCAAGUCCUCUGAGGGUGUUGCAUGCCUUUGACACUGUGCAGGCUGUGGAGAAGAGCAGGGCAGUGAGUGAGAACAUCCCGUCAGCACAGUGGGAGGAUAAGGCCAUGACGCUACGCUCCAGGCGCUUAGAGGGGAGCCGGCCGGUGGCAGAGAGGACCGGAUCAGCACCAGGCGAGCCAGCAGAACAGCAGCCUCGCUUUCUGAGAGUGGCCGCUUUGCAUAAGUGGACCCCUACAGGUCUUGAGACAAGUGUGGAGAAAGGGAUGCCAAAGGAAUCACAAAGGGAAGGACAAGGGGCUUUGGAUCAAGACGGGGACCGGCAGCGAGAAGCUGAACAGGAGGAAGUAGCUGCAGCUCCAAAACGUUUGAAAAUGCUGCAGUCGGAAGAGCAGCCGAGACCCAGGGCCACCUACUUUGCUCUGACUGGACAAAUACAGGAGCCAGUUUCUCCUGUCGAUGCAGGAGCAAGCGUGAGGGACGUGACUGUGCCCUUUGACGACUUCUCUGUGAGGUCCGCGCCGGGCAGCUCACAAGGGAAGCUUCUUCCAAUGAGGAGGAAUCCAUCUUUAGAGGAAGCUUUUGAAAAACACUCUCACAGUCAAGUUGAGGAGUUGAGGGCCCACAUUUCAGAAAGAGCGAGAAGAUCAACUUUCGAUGGACAGGCAGCAGAGGAAAUGAUGGACGUUGAAAAGAAAAGAGAGUUACAAAAAGAGACAGAAAGACACAUGGCAAAAAUGAAAGAGCUUGAGGGGGAAAAACAGAGACGGCUGGAAAUGGAGAAAGAAGCUCAUUUAGAAUUUGCACGAAUGAAAGAGAGGGAGAUGCAAAGGCAGAAAGCCUUUGAGAAGGAGAAACAGGAGUUUGAGGAGAAACGGCGUGCGCUGGAAAGGCAGAAACAGUUCGAGCUUGAACAGAGACAGAAACUGCAAGAAGUGGAGAGAGCGAGACUAAGAGAGCUUGAAAAAGAGAGGCAACUACCACUCGAGACAGAAAAACGACAAAAAAUUGAGAGACAGAGAAAGAUUGAAAGAGAGAAACUGCGGGAGCAGGAAAUGGUGAGACAGCGGGAACAGGAGAGGCAAAGACAAAGGGAGGAAGAGAGGCAGAGAGAGCUGGACAAGGAAAGACAGCUGCUGGAAAUCCAAAAGGAGAAACAGAAAAUUGAAGAGCUGAAGAGAAUUAAAGAGCUGGAAAGACUUCAACUCUUCGAGUUUGAAAAACAGAAGCAGAGGGAAAGGGAGACGCAGCAGCUGAUGGAGCUCGAGAAGCAGAGGCUCAGAGAGAAGAUGGAGAGAGAGGAGGCCGAGAAAAUAAGACAGAUGGCAUUAGAACAGGAAAUGUUGAGGAUGAGAGAGAUUGGUAAGGAAAGGGAAAGACAAAGGGAGAUGGAAAAGGAGCUUCAGAAAGAGAUGGAGAGAGACAAGCAGAGAGAGCUGCAGAGACAGAGACAGAGACAACUAGAUAUUGAGAGACAGGAAUUGGAGAACCAGAGGCUGAGACAACGAGAACUGGAGAAGGAAAGGCAGAGGAAGGAGGUGUUGGAGAGAAUGAAAGAGAUGGAGAGAAGACAGCUCUUUGAGUUGGAGAAGCAAAAGCAGGCAGAGAGGGACAAACAGCAACUUGUGGAGCUGGAGAAACGCAGACGGAGGGAGAGUGUGGAAAGGGAGGAGGCGGAGAAAAUGAGGCAGAUAGCCAAGCAGCAAGAAGCAGAGAGGCAGCGACUAAAAGAGAGGCAGAAGAAAGAGGAACAGGAGAGGGCGAGGUUGGAGUCCUCACCUCUCAGGCCUCACGUGGUGGAUCUGGACUCCAUGUUCCGAAAUAACUCAUUUUCCAAAGCCACUUCUCAGCGCAGUGACCCGGCAAUGCGAUGGAAGGAGCCGUCCCUGAGAGCAGAAGAGUCUUACAAACCUUCCAUCCUUGACAUAGACUCCUUCACAUCUCAAGUUCAGCCCUCCCCCAGUGAAGACUUGUUUCCUGUUUCUGGAAUUCAGGGUGUAGACGCUGCAUUUGGAGCUAGAUCACAGCCGCAUACACCCGACGUAGAUGUUAGCUGGAGGUUGCCGCAACAGACUUCGGGUAUCGCAAGCCCCGUAUGGACCACGUCUCUUCAGGACCCGUGGGAGCUGCGGCCCGUCGACAUGCCUGUGGACAAACCUAUGGCUGAACCCAGAAAACGUACCAACAAACUCAGCCCAGAGCAGCUCCUCCUCAGGCAGGAGGAACGGCUCCUGGCUCCACAGAGGCCGUCCGGCAGCGCUCCUGAGGAGCAGAUAUGGCUCCCCAGAGAGCAACAGCCUCAAAACGGCAGGGGAGAGGUCCGGAGAUCACAGGGGUCUCAGGAGUUGAACAGGAUGCGGUCUCGCAGUGUUUCCCGGCGAUCAGCUCCUUCAAGCAACGUUUUGCAGAGAAGCCUUUCCAGGAUCAGGAGUCGCAGCGCCCACCGAGAGCAGGACGGCAACAGCUGGGUGCAGCAGAAGCAAGGUGACAGUGGCGAAGAGGAGGGGAAGGACUCGGGAACACCGGUCCGUGACACUGACAGCCAGUAUGGGACCUGGGAGGCCGGACUGCGCACUGAUGACAGCCUCACUCCUGCCACUCCCAGCUCGGAAAGCAAUCUCAGCCCUUCACCAAGGAAGCCCACCUCCCCACGCGCGCUCGGUGAUCAGGCCUCACGGUUUGAUACCGACACUCUGGACAGCCUGCUUCCCUCCUCCCCAUCUGAGCCGCUACCCUUCCCUGAUACCCCGACCGCUCUCUUAGACACCAGUGCUCUUCGCUCCAGAGCACAGCUGGGGAAGAAACGAACGCCGCGGACACGACCCUCCAGGGCUGCUCGUCAGACGGCUGCGCUGUCGGAGGGAGAGGGAGGAACCACGGAGGACUGGCUUUACACAGACUCCACAGAGGCAAAGGUUGAGAGUAAGGACGAUGACUCGUCUGAGGAGCCGGCCAAAGGAGUAGACGCCAGCCCGGCUGUUUCCUCUCAGCCACAGAGGGUUGCCCUGUUCCCUGGGAUGGACCCUUCAGCUUUAAAGGCCCAGCUGAAGAAGAGGGGCGACUCUGACAAUCAAAUCGAUGGAUCCACUCCCUCUCCUUCGCAGCUUUCUCGCUCUCCCAAGUCCCCCUUUCUUCGCAGGGCAGCGCGUGUACUGCCCCCUCCUGGUGGGAAAGAGAACGGUGAGGAGGACUCACCGCAGUGGUUGAAAGAGCUGAAGUCCAAGAAGCGCUUAAGUCAGUAUGAUAAUGACAGCUAAGUAAAUAAUGAGGUUGCCUUAACAGAUGAAUCUAUAUGAAACUGAAGCCUUAAUGUUCAACCUAGAGAGUAAGAGAGGUGAAUCUACAGCUGCUGAUGUGUUGUUGUUUUUUCUUUUUGUUUUUUGUUCUCUUCCCGUCUGGGUUGAUAAAUGUGCAUGGUGCCUUUUUUUAUGGAGCGUCUCUGUCUUGUGGAAAAAAAGGAAAACAAGCAAGGAGGGAAAAAAAAACAUCGGGCUACUCUGCUUUAUCCAUUUCAUGCUUGAACCUGUCGAAGCACUUCUGCACUUGGAGGCACUUCACACGAACACUUUAAUGGGGACCAGAAGUUGAGGAGGGAGGGGAGGGGGGGGGAGAAAAGACGAUUAUUGGCAAAUAUUUCCUGUCGAGCUGCAUUUCAGGAAAUGGUUAACUUGUGGGACCACGACGCCUCUUCAUCCUGGACGUGCUUCAUCACCUGCUGGAGGACAAUCCAGCCGAUCCUUUCCAAGAUGUUUGUAUUUAGUCGUCUUACUCGACUAAUAUGUACAAGCUGGCGGUGUCUGCGUUGGACAUUUGUGUGUUGUUGAUGGUAGUCCCACAAGCAUUGCCAUAGGACAACGUUUCAAACACUAAUGAUUUUCCUUCUUGAACAUAGAGAACAAAUCACUGCUAACUUGAUUGCCCGGAGAGAGUGUAUUAUCAUGUCAGUAACUGUAAUCAGGAGAUGUUAUAUUUGUAUUAUCAUUGAUUUAACAGAGACCGAGAGCUAGUUUUUACAAAAGUUAAGAUGCAUCACCGCAAUAGACUUUGUUACACUCCACAAUCCUAACCUUGUCACGGUUGCUGCAUACUGUAUAUAUGUUUUUGUCUAAGUAUCUAAGAAGAGGGAUGGGGGAGUUUUUGGCCAAGUGACUUUGCAUCUGUCAAUCAUGCCUACUCCUUAUCAGCACAAAUACACUCUUCAAUCUUUUAUAUAUAUAUAUAUAUAUAUAUAUAUAU